AUGGUGGGCGUGGCAACUGGUUGUGUCGCCUCCGGGAUUGACUAUGGGAUUGUGCGCCUUACAGAACUUCGAUUCGAUUUGAUGAGAGUUCUCAUAGGUGGAGGUGCCAACUGGGCUGUCCUUCUGUUGCUACAGGUAGCACUUUGUGGAUCUUUCGCGGCCGUUGCAGCAGUUCUGGUGUGCUUUGUGUCACCACUAGCUGCUGGCAGUGGGAUCCCAGAAGUCAAAUGUCGCUUGAAUGGCUUGGACCUUCCUUUCGUGGUGAAGUCCCGAACAUUGCUGGCCAAAGCUUGUGGAGUGCUCUUCAGUGUCUCAGCCGGCUUGCCAUGUGGAAAGGAAGGCCCCAUGAUCCACAGCGGCUCUAUCCUGGGAUCUUUGUUUGCCCGUGUGGUAUUUGCGCGAUUCCCGGAAUCCUCACAUCUGCGAGAUUUGGAUGAAAGAGAUCUCAUCGCCGCCGGGGGCGCAGCAGGAGUUGCUGCUGCCUUUGGUGCUCCAGUUGGUGGUGUCCUUUUUGCCCUGGAAGAAGGAGCAUCCUUUUGGAGUCCACAGGUGUUGCUCCAAGCCUUACUAUGCUCUUCCUUAUCGGCCUUGACCUUGAACUUCUUUCUGGGAGGUUUCGAGUCCUUGGGCUUUGGCACCCUGGGAGCCCUGGGCGUUUUGACCUUUGGCAGCUACUUCCAGAGCUCGGGCUCCAGCUAUCGCCUGUGGGAAUUGCCUUUGUUUGUGGCACUAGGGGUAGGUGGUGGCUUAUUGGGUGCCACCUUCAAUGCACUCAACAUCCCACUCACACUCUGGCGGAUGCGCUGGGUGGGUCCCAGUGGAAUGAAACGCUUCCUGGAAUCCAUUGCAGUUGCAGCACUGAUUUCGGUGAUUUUCUUCGCUCCACCUGCGAUCCAGUUCGAAUGCAUGGUUACGGACGUGAAAACAGACCCACACCAGUCGUUGAGUUUGACCUGUGACCCAAGCCGCGAACACUCCACGGAACUCCAGGCGUCCCUGGGUUUGUUCAUGACUCCAAGUGAAGAUGCAAUCAAGGUCCUCUUCCAUGAUCCAGUGGCUUUCCAUCCCGGACUGUUGCUGCUCUUCGGCCUGAUCUAUUUUGCCCUGGCAUGUUGGACCUAUGGCCUGGGAGUUCCCAGCGGUCUCUUCGUUCCCUCGCUGUUGAUUGGUUCCGUCUUUGGGCGCCUUCUGGGGGAAGCCGUGCGCAGCUUGGGGGGAGCAAGUCAUGGCUGGUCACCCCCAGGUAUGUACGCCCUGGUGGGUGCAGCUGCCAGCCUGGGUGGCAUGGCACGCAUCACUGUGUCCCUGGCGGUGAUUCUGGUGGAAGCGACUGGCAAUACCCAGUACAGCCUGCCGGUGCUCUUUGCCGUGAUGACCUCCAAAGCGGUGGGGGAUCGAUUUAACCAUGGCAUUUAUGAUAUUCAUAUUCAUCUCAAAAAGAUGCCUCUUUUGGAGGAUCCAACUAGAGUUUCACUCUGCGAUGAAGUGGUCUCUGGCAUCAUGACUCAGGAUGUACAAAGCUUACAGCCUGCAGAGAGUCAUGCUCGCUUGUCUAGCAUAUUGCAGACAUCACACAAUGCUUUUCCGCUUGUGAAUUCAAAGGGCUCAUUGCUGGGUCUUAUCAGCCGCAAUGCGCUUGUGCAGCUUUCAAGCUCUUCCAACCCGGAGCCCAUCAAUUUGACUCCAUGUUCGAAUUUGGGAGCGUACUCUAUCCGUGAAAGUGCUACAGUACGCCGUGCCUAUGACCUUUUCCGAUCCAUGGGUCUCCGGCAUUUGCCUGUGGUUACUGUUGACAACACUUUGUGUGGUAUACUGACUAGGAAGGACUUCUUGGAGCAUUGCGCAAGCUGCACAGAGUGUUAA